AUGUCAGAGGUGUGUGCGCCCUCUGGGACCUCGCCCUGGGCAAAGAGCAAGGGAGUCUGGGACCCGCCGGGGCUGGGGACCGGGAUGGAGCCUGGGAAGGUUCCGGCGCGGAGCGCGGACAGAGUCUCGCCGACUGGGCGUGCAGGAGCCGGAGGGGUUGGCAUCCCCGCUCCCCAAAGCUGUGGCGACGCUGAGCAGAACCCGGGCCUUCGUCGCUGGCGAGGCCGAAGCCCACGUUGCCGUCGCCUGAUGCCAUCCCUAGGAGGGUUCUCCGUCUUGGAGCCACCAGACACGUGGAGUGGGAUUGUCACUUCACACGGAGGUGAGGAGAGCCACAGGAAACCAACAGAGGUGCGACUGGCGCCCCCUGCCGACAUUCGGACGAAGGACCGACUCACAGCGGCCAGAAGGGACAUAAUGAUUCUGGGGCAUGGGAGGACAGGAGGCUCUGGCGUCUCUUUUUUUGAGCCCCGUCCCCGUCCGGUGGAGAAUCGCGCCCCACCUGAUCAUGGCAGAAAUGCUAGCACCGCUGCUCAAGCCGGCUGCCCUUGCUCUCCCUGGGAUCCAGAGGACACCUUGAUGACCAGCCCACGUCCUUCCCCGAUGAUGCUUCCACAAGAUCUCCUGCUCUGUGGCGACACUGGGCACAGGUGGGCCAGCUGCGUGAAGCUCCUGUGACACAGCGCACACCGGAAAGGGCGCUCCCCGCUGUGCACGCGCAGGUGGACCUGGAAGAGAUCUCGCCAGCUGCCCAGAAGGCCCAGCAGGGCCCAGGCUCCACCCCAAUCUCCACCCACGCCCUGUGCGGGAGGCUUUGCUGGCGUCUGGGCCUCCAUCACCUCCCUCAUGAGCUAUGGCUUCCCAGGACGCUCUCAUUCUUUGGUCUGCCCUGUGAAGGAGAUUCCGGAAGACAUCUAAGGGGUACCCCAGGUAUUGCCUAGAGGAGCUCCCUAAAGUACAGUUCACAGGCCAACAGCAUUGUCAUGAGCCCGGGAGCAUGCCAAAAAUGCAGAGCCUAACCCUGCUGAGUCAUCACCUCUGAGGCUGGGGCCCGGGAAUCUGCAGGUUUGCUAGCCUGCUGGGUGGUUGGAGGCUUAAGGCUUAGGCAUCCCUUCCUCAGAGGUCCCAACGGAGCUGUUUCCCCAGUAGCCAUGCCUGCACAUAGCUGUGGUCUCUGAUAACAGCGGGGCCCACGGGCGGCCCCUGAUGGAGGACAUACAUGAUGGCACCUACAGCACCUGGCCUGGUUUGUGGGACCUCACUUGAAAAAAGUUUGUAAGACUGUGGUCUUGAUUCCACAAAACCUCCCCAUUCUCCCUUUCUCUGUGAUCUUCGAAAGCAAUAAAGAGGCUUAGCUGGGAUACCGUCUCGGAAAGAGCUCAACAGAUGAUGCCGAGAAACUGAAAUCCAAACUUGAACCCACUGAUAAGUCGAGGUUACCCUGGAAAAUUUCCAUCUACUGUGGGCCUUAGUUUUCCCACGUUUAGCUUAAAGAAGGUGAUCCCACAGACAAUCUUCCAGGAUGGAGGGAACUCCAAUGUGCUUCCUCUCCCCCUGCGCCCUUUUUAUUUUUUGAGACAGGAUCUUGCUGGGAAGCCCUGGCUGUCCUGGCAGUUGCUAUAGAUACCAAACUGGCCUCAAACCCACUGAGAUCUGCCUGCCCAUGCCUCCCAAGUGCUGGUAUUAAAGGCGUGCACCACCA